AUGGUUCUAACCGAUGAACAUGGUGAUAAGAUUCAUGCUAUGUGCAAAAAGAAUGAGAUUUUAAAUGUUAAGAGAAAACUACCCUUGGAAAAUGGUGUAUUCUCACAACGUUCACCAUUUCACAAGGCCAAUAUCGGCCAACAACCCAUCCAUACAAGAUGUUCAUCACUGAGAAAACUUUGA